AUGUCGUCCGCCCCCACGCACAUCCUCUUCGAGUGCGCGACCGGGUGCGCCGUGUUCGAGGUGGCCGCCGUCGAGGAGAUCGGUGCGCUGACCCGCGCGGUGCAGGAGAGCGUCAACGAGGUCAACACGUUUGGCAAGAUGGUCAAGCUCCUCUCAUUCUCUCCGUUCAAGAACGCCCUCGAUGCGCUCCAAGCUUCGCUCGACAUCUCCGAAGGCGUCGUCAACGACUACCUCAAGUCGCUGUUGACGCUCAACCUGUCUUCCGGCAAGAAGAAGAGUGUGGUGCUCGGUGUGCAGGAUAGGAACCUUGCGUCGUCGAUCGUGGGCGAGCUGGGCAUUCCUUGUGAUACCGGCGAGACGUCGCUCGAGUUGAUCCGCGGUGUGAGGCAGCAUGCGGAGAAGCUGUUGAAGGGCAUGGCCGAUGGUGAUCUGGCCAAGGCGCAGUUGGGUCUGGGUCACAGCUACUCGCGUUCCAAGGUCAAGUUCAACGUCAACCGAUCGGAUAACAUGAUCAUCCAGGCGAUUGCGCUGCUGGAUACGCUCGACAAGGACGUCAACACCUUUGCGAUGCGCGUUCGCGAGUGGUACGGUUGGCACUUCCCCGAGCUCGUCAAGUUGACCUCUGAUAACUUGACGUACGCUAAGCUGGCCAAGCUCAUCCGCAACAAGGAGCGUCUUUCGGAGGAGGACGUGGAGGACAUGACCGAUCUGCUCAACGGUGACGAGACCACCGCCAAGAACAUCCUCGACGCCGCGCGCGCCAGUAUGGGGCAGGAGAUCGGCGAGCUCGACAUGCACAACAUCCUCAACUUUGCCGAGCGCGUCAUCAACCUGGGCGAGUACCGCAAGAACAUGCACAAGUACCUCAUCGAGAAGAUGCACCUCGUCGCACCGAAUCUGUCGGCGCUGUUGGGUGAGAUCAUCGGUGCGCGCCUGAUCAGCCAUGCUGGUUCGCUGACGAACCUGGCCAAGUACCCUGCUUCGACGGUGCAGAUCCUGGGUGCGGAGAAGGCGCUCUUCCGCGCGCUCAAGACCAAGGGCAACACUCCCAAGUACGGUCUCAUCUACCAUGCGUCCGCCAUCGCGCGUGCUGCGCCCAAGAACAAGGGCCGCAUGUCGCGUUUCCUCGCUAACAAGAUCUCGAUCGCCUCGCGCAUCGACUGCUUCAGCGAGACGCCCACGACCAAGUUCGGCGAGGUGCUCGCGGUGCAGGUCGAGGAGAGGCUUGCGUUCUACGAGACGGGCAAGGCGCCCAGCAAGAACGCCGAUGCCAUGAGCAAGGCUAUCAAGGCCAUCGAGGCCGCGGCCGGCGAUCUCAUGGACGAGGACGCCGAAGACGAUGAUGAGGACUCUUCCGAUGACGACUCCGAGGACGAGGUGGAGGAGAAGGAAGAGACCAUGCCCGCCGCCGUCGGCGUUACAGAUCCCGCCGACAAGAAGAAGGCCAAGAAGGACAAGAAGGAGCUCAGCGAGGGCAAGAAGAAGUACAAGUCGAAAAUGGCCGACAAGAAGGAGCGCAAGAAGGUGGAGAAGGCGGCCAAGAAGCUCGCCAAGGAGUCACGAAAGAGCACCAAGAACAAGGACAAGUACAACAAGGACAAGAAGGACAAGAAGGCCAAAAAGUGA